AUGUCGUGGGCAAGAACGCUCUCCGGUCCUCGGUACGAGAUCCCUUUGUCCUCCGUCAAGGGCCUGGUUCUGUCGCAGUCGCACGGGGAGUCGUGCAAGUUCCUCUUCACGGUCACGGUCGUCAGCGGUUGCCUCGCCGGCAUCGCUGACGGGGCCUCGUCGUGGAAAGCUUCAGUCGUACUGCCGAGUGGAGGCUGGCGGCGAGAAGAGCAGGACGAAGGUCGCGACGGGAGGCACCCCCUUCUGGAACCACCGCUGCACGACAUAUCGGGCAACCUUCGUCGGCUGCGGCUGGUAUUGCACUCGGCCAGAGGGCUCGUCUCCAGCGACGUUACGGGCGUGUCCGACCCGUACUGCAUCGUUGUGCCGGUUCGCCACGACGGUUCGGAGGUGACUUCCGAGAAGGGCGAGACGACGUGGCGGAGGGGGGGGGCUAGGCAACGACCCGAGGAAUGGCAGGAGGCGUUUGAGCUCUGCCGCUGGUGCACCCCUGAGGAUGUCAAGGGCGUCAAGGUGUCCCUCCUCGACAGAGACAUGGGAGGGAAGAAGGACGAGGCGCUGGGGGAGGUUUUCAUCCCCAUCGCAAGCUUCAAGGAGCCCAAGGCAAAGCGUACGAAGCUGGAGAUGAAAAUCACCCCGCCGCCGCCGGCCACAAGCCGCUACUCCAAGACCCUGGGCAAGUACAACAUCAACAUCAAGACCCCCAGCAUCAACAUCAAGACGCCCAACAUCCUCGGCGGGGGGGGUCGAAGCCCAUCCGCGUCCCCCCCUCGGGGACGAAGUCCCCCCGCGUCCCCAGUGAGAGAGCCCCCGGACCUCGGCACCCUCUGCGUGUCCAUGAGCGUCAUCGAGACGGAGCUACCCGACACGUCCACCUACAGAGGAAGAGGUGUCCCUCCGGGGGGAGUUAAAAUCCGCUGCUCCCUCGACCUGGCGGACGAGUUCACCUGCGCGUGGCCCGCCCUACUCCUGCGUCACGGAGCCCCCUCUUCUGGCUCUGGGGGCGACGCAGAUGAGGAGGGGGGCGGGAGGGGGGGGGGCGUCGAGAAGUGGCGGGUUUCGGCCGGGUUCGGGGGUCUGGUGCUGUCCAAGGUGGCGAGCGGGGAGGGCGCGGCAGCGGACUCUUCCCCUUUUCUUAGGAUGGAUCCGUCCGGUCCAGCAGACGGGUACGUGAUGGAGGUGUACGAGAACCAGAGGAAGAAGCAGCCGUGGGGGUGGGGUUCCGGCAGAAAGCGUCACCUGAGGACCUCGGACCCCGGCCGUUUCUCUGAUGCGAAGGGAGAGAACCGUCUCCACGUCAAGCUUCUCGAACAGGCGGAGGUUCCGGCAGGGUGGGCGUGGAGCGCCCCGGCUUGGACCAUCGUGGGCGGCGACUGCCCCCGGGACAAGGAUGGGUGGACGUACGGCACUGACGGCAGCUUCUCGUCGCUUCUCGCCGAUCGCACAUCGGGACAAAGAGCAGAAGGGGACUGCCGUUCGAUGCCGGAGCUGAAGCUCACCGCCGCCGCGGGGCCCCAGCGGCUGCCGCUCGGCCGCGACCGCGCCGGCGCCGGCGCCGGCGACGGUCCGGGGGUGCCGGUGUCGCCGCCGCCGCCGCCGCCCGACCGUCCCGCCGGAGUAAGGUCCCGCGCGUGGUGGCGGUGCAUGGUGGUCGCCGAUGACGGGAGCGGCGGGUUCGGGACGAGCGGGAGCAGGGUGGUCUCGAUGGGGAGGAGGAGGUCGAGCGUCGCGGUCGGGCGCAGGAAGGUGCCUCACGCGGCAACGACAUCGACAACGACGGCGAGUUCUCGGAACGGCGGCGGUGGUAACGGUUCCGGGGAUCGGAUUCGCGUGCCCCUCGAGCGGCUAAAGCGGGCCGUCGUCGCGGGCCCGAACACCCUCAUCGUGGAUCUCGAGGUGGAGGAGGAGGCCGCCGCUGGGGGGCGGGCGUGGAGGCCGGCGACCCUAGUCGUGGGGCCGUGCGACGCCCCCCGGCUCGGGUCGCUGCUGGUGGAGCGCGCGUUGACGGCGAUUCCGAGGCGUUCUCUGGGGCAGGUGGUCCGGAGUGCGCGAAAGCUGGCCAGCAAGCCGCCCCCGUUGCCCCCGCGGCCGUCCGCUAGGGGCCUCGGGAGUAACGGUGGUGGUGGUGGUAGCGGCGCGGAUGUGGUCAGGGGUACGACUGCGGCGGCAGCGCCCCCGAAAGCGGAGGGAAGCUGGCAAUCCGACCCCGGCAAGCUCGCCGCAAAGGAGGGGACCGGAGGCAGCAACAACAACCCCUUCGGCCCAAAAACGCCCCCGGCCGCCGGUCCGCAUACAAACCUUUUCGGUAGCGGCGGGGCAGCAGCUUCAUCGUCCCCUCCCCCGCUCCCACGGAGGUCCGGGUCUCCCUUCCAGUCCCGGGAGGAAGCGACGACGACAGUUGUCGUGGCUGCUUCUUCUGCUUCUCCCCGGAAGGGAGGAGGCGGCCCCCCGGUGUUCUUCCCCUCCUCUUCGGGCCCCAGCCCCCCGGCCGCCGGCCCCCUGGAAGCGGUGCUGGGGGAUGCGGUGGGGCUGCUGCAGCAGGCCGGGCGGGCGGUGGCCUCCCUGGACGAUGCCUACAACGCGGCGUACAACGCCUCCGCGGCGGCGGACGGGUGGGGGGGGCAGGGGCACGACGUCGCGGAGCUGGGGGAGGCCGUGCUCUGGACCCUGUGGAGCAGACUGGUGAGGCUGCACGCCUACUUGAGGCAGCUGCUGGCGGAAACUCCGGCACAGAAGCUGCAGAUCUGCGCCGCGGUCAAGCGCAAGGACUGGGGCGUUCUCGUGGGAUGCAUGGAUGCAGAGGCGGCGCACCAGCGCAGCGCGGUUCUGUCUGAGAUCGAGGCCGAAGCGGAAGCGGACGAGGGCGAAGAUUCCCCCGCUAGGCCAUCCGGACCGGGGCGCGCUCUGCAGGGGAGCAUGAAGGUCGUCAAGGGUUUGUGUGGUGCCCUCGACCGCAUGGUGACGGAGAUGCUCCUUUGCGCCGACACGGUGCCGGAGAGCGUGCUAAGGAGAGCCGUCGAGGUGCUUGCUUCUCAGUGCUACAUCAAGGUGGUGGACGAAGUGGGAAGACACAUCACGUUCCGUUACGAGGGCGUGCUUCCUCUCGCCGAUCAAGAGCUGCUUGCACUUCUCGACGUCCUCGUUAACAAGGCGGAUCUCAUAGAGCGAACGCUCCAGCCUCGUCUCGACCUCGUCGGGUGGAGGUCGUCGCCCCCGCCUCUGCUCACCAAGGCCGUGAGCGUGCCGUGGCUGCUCCGGGCGUACGCCACCAGCAUCGAGGGGAAGCUGUCCGGCCUGUUUAGGAACAUCCUCGACACCAACAAGGAAACCCACGAGUUCCCUCCCGAGCCAUCGGCAACCUCAGACCAGGCGGGGGAGGGGAACCCACAGCCCAAAUCCCCUACCAGCAACGCCCUCAUGCGCAUGAAGCUAGCAGGCCGGGGGGUAGGGGUGGGAGGGACCAAGUCGAAGCAGCGGCGGCAGCAGCAGCAGCAGCAGCUCGGGUUUUCCAUGUGGACGCUGCACGAGUCGACGGCUAAGCCGUUGUCCGUGGUGCCCACGACGGCGAUAGCGCUUCUGGACACGUAUGUCGUGACGGUGGCGAAGAGGUUUCCAGACGACGCAGGCGUGCAGGCCGUCAUUCUCAGGGCGGGCGCAGGCGCCCUCGGGUCUCUCCGCAACGUCAUAUCGGCGCACGCUGAGGCGGCGGUCUCGCAGUGUCCGGAAAAGGGGUGGGACAAGCUUCUGAGAUUUCUGUGCGCCACGGCGAACGAUUGCUGGCACCUCGUGUCGGAGGCGUUGCCGGCGAUAGAGGAGAGGCAUCCCCAGGCUAUGUCUGAGGGAGCGGAGGAGUCGUACGAGACGUUGAAGGAGCUGUGGGUGCUGCUGGGCGUCAGCUGCUGCCGGAAGGCCGCUCGGCUAGUCCUAGGGUUCAUGGAGGCAGACGGGCUGUUUGCCUUGGAGGGCAUCCACGUGGCGGGGGCGGAGGAGUCGAUGGUGGAGAUCAGGGAAGCGCUGGAGUACUACUGCAUCAACUUCCUCAGGCCCUGGCUAGAGGAGUACUUCUACCAAAAGGUUUUGGUGCGGCUGUGCGACCACAUCGUGGUCUGGGCAGCCCAAGGCCUAGUCAGAGCCGCCGCUGCCGGCCGCCCCCCCCUGCACAGCGGCCAGAUGCUACGCCUAGCGGCGUGCAGAGAAACGCUGGCGGAGGCUCUCAAGACUUGCUCUGUGAGGAAAGGGGGCGACGCAGGCGACGGGGGGGGGGAGGGGGGCGCCGGGGGGGGGAUGUACGAGCGACGGCUUGCGUUCCUGGACGACUUGUUGGAGCUCCUGCGCGUGCCCUCGGAUCAGCUUGAAGGCGUCUUCACUGGCAUGCUGGGACGACACAUCCACUGCCAGCGGUCGGUGCAGCACGCCUUGCAGGUGGUGCUCUGCCUGCGCGCGGACGGGAGCACGGUACCCGGGGGGGUGUCCAAGUGGGCUGACGAGGAUAAUUGGAUGGGUGGCGACGCGAUCGUUCUGACAGCUGACACGGCAGAGAUCGAGCCCUUCCACCGGGUGUUCCGGCGGCCCCUGUCCCUCCUUCGGGCAGACCCGACGCCCCUCGUCGCACCCACGGUCCUUAACCGGGCAUCCGACGGCGGCCGGCGGCAGUCCGCGGCCCCCCUCCCCGCCGCAAAGGACGCCACCCACGACAACACCACUGGAAACCCUUCCGCAGGAGGAGGAGGAGGAGGGGGGGGCUGGGCGAAGCGCGGCCUAACUUUUGCCGGGAGCGGGGGGCUCGGCAUCGCGCUGGGGGGGGGGGACGGGGGGGGGGCGACGUCCGGGGUUAAGAAGGGGAUGGCGAAGCUAAAGAAAGGGGCCAGGAAGGCGUCGACGAGGGGCGGGGGGAAGGGCGGCGGGGGGGGAGCGGCGGCGGUGGCCAUGUCGGGGGUGGGGGUGGAUGACAGCGGGCCUCAGACGAUUCUUCGGGUGACCAUUCUUGAAGCAGAGGGCCUUCGUAACGUGGCCGUUCUGAAAAAGACGGAUUCCUACGUCGCCGCCGAGCUGGUCACGCGUACCGGGAGACGGGAGGGCAGAACUGCGGUGCAAAAGAACACGUGCGAUCCCAAGUGGAACGAGCCCCUGUCCUUCCUCCUCCCGUCGGGGAGCGUCAUCGACGCCCAGCUUUCUCUCAGGAUCGUGGGGAAGCAGAAGCUCCGGGACGACUUGCCCCUUGGCCGUGUGGAGUUGCCCCUGGCAGGCAUUUCGACGGCGGGAACGAAGGGACCGGGCGACAUCGGGGCCUGGUUCCAGCUGCUGGACGGCCAGGGGAGGCUUAAGAUCGAUGCGGAAGUGGUGACUCGCCGACCCAGUCUCAUCGUGUAAGGUUGGGUCACCGCAGGCGGUGGGUGGUGCCGGGCAAGCGGUCUGUGUCUUCGAGAUUUACGCCGACUUGGUGUGUGACCCAUGUAGGCCUGGCGUUUUGUCAUGUAGCGUUCCGCGUCCACCAACAGGCGUUUUAAGGUUCGCUUUUUUUACAUAUUUUGUAUCUGAGGUUCGCUUCGACAUGGAUAAGGCCUUCUUGUUGAUGGGGGUUGCUGCAUCCGAUGAGGGGCGGAAAUUGAGGUUUCCUUUUUGUUGGAAGCGGGAAGGUGGUUUUUGAUGGCGUGUUUACGGACCGUCGAGUUUGUACGAGGUUUCGCAGAAAUUGAAGACGAAGUAGUAACUAGCAUAUGCUUUAGUUGUCGUGUUGGGUUUUAGGAGACACUCGCGGACGGUUUGCGACAGUAAAAAGCGAACGGCAGGGGGGGGGGGGGAGGGGGUUGUGGUCGAUGGUUGUUGCCUACGUCUUGAGACUUAUUUUUAGGCCUCAACUCGUGUGCGACUUUUGUGUGUAAUGACGUGGAUCCACCGUUCGUAGCGCUACCGACCCUCCCUCGAGCGUGUUUUGCUGCACAAAGGCUGAAGUAGAUAAAUGGAUGCACGGGCCGGCCGAUAUGGCGACGGGUUCGCUCACGAUCAGGACAUGUGGAAGCAUAGGGGUGUGCACGAGGGAGGCGGGAAUGAUGGUUAUUUUGUCGCCUCUCGCCGGGGAACGAGAUAAGAAAAGGAUAUUUUGUUUUCGUCGAAUCUUGGGAUCCGUUUCCCCACGGUUUCCGGGCGGAAUUAACGAUGAUCUCCGGCAAACGUCGGCGAGACAAUACCCUACGUCACUGGUUGGGUGUUUUCGUAUUUUUUUGUCAUUAGGUCCCAGUUCGAUGAUAGUAUCUAGGAGUCGGAGGCGUUUUUGGUGGUGUUGUGUCUUUUUCCUCGUGCCACCUUUCUUUCCUGGCCCUGUGGUCUUAGCCGACUUCUUUUGGUAAAUCGACCCGUGGGCAAUGGGUGUUGGUGUGCAUAUGUAGCAUAUGAUGCGUAAUAUGGCGUCUCAUAAUUGUGUUCAUUUUUCCCCGCACCCGUGCGUGUGAAACCAGGCUUGCUUAUCUUUUUCGCCUGGUACACCUUUUAACUUGGUUGGCGAGCGCAUUUUAUUUUUUGGCUUGCCAGCUCUGGAAUAAAACAGCCUAGUACUCCGUACACAUUCACUCCAUCCUUUCAUCGCACAUGCUCAGCCGCUGUAUGUGUGAUACUUGUAGCGACGCCAAACGAUUCUUGAGGUGUUCCUAUGAAGUAGGUUUGUUUUGGGUAGUGUUCAAUUUUCAGUUUUGGGGACGCAAUUGCUGGUACACAAUGAUUGUGCCUCCCCUAGUCCUUGCCUUGCUGUGCACCCGGGUACAUACAUGCAUGUAUGUACUUCGUAUAUGGUUUCGCUCACGGGCCGCGCCUC